GACCAAAUCACCCAAAAUGCCAUCCUCCCACGCAACCUCCCACGCCCUCACAAAAUCAGACCAAACCCAAACCCAAGCCCAUACCCAAGACCGCACCCAAGAAUACGAGCAAGAGCACCACAAAUCCGCCCAAGCAUCCGUAAUCCACCCGUUCCCUUCUUUCCCCCCUUCCCCCGCGGGACUCAACCUCAACCUCUUCACCGCGCUCUCGGGCGCCCUAUCCUCUUCCUCGAAAAAGACGACGCACAAAAACGUUGAUGGAAGUGAGACGUCUGUCGAGGAGGGGAACGGGAGAGCAGCAGUACAAGGCGGUGCGCAGGGGCAUGGGGAUGCGUUUGCAGGCGCGCAUGCGGAGGAGGGGGGGAGGGUGAGGGGGGGUGUUAGGGAGGGGAGUGUUAGGGAGAGUGAGAGGAAAGUGGAACGGGUUGAUCAUUUGGGUAUUGAGGGGUAG